AUGGGCUACAUUGCUCCAUCCAUGACACCUACAUCCGAUCCACCCUCUUUCCGUGUCUACGAUAUUGAUUCAGUUACAUUCGGUGUGCUGGACUUCACGCAGUAUAUUGCCAAUAUCAGUGAUCCGCCAUACCAGAUACAACCGGAAUGGGUACCGUAUUACUCUGCUAAAGCGGAUUAUGGGACUAGGCUCGAGUUUCAAGUUACAGAUAAAUAUUCUGAGUUGACACCGGCUUUUUGGCAUAAUGUGACGGUUGCUAUGGAGAAGCAUACAUCGCUCUUCAGGGACUUCUGGGCGAGGCGAACUCGUGGGUUUCAGUUUCCGGAAUGUGAGGGGGAUUGUACGAGUAAUGAGAUUUGUGCGUUGAAGGGAGCGGAUGCGCAGUAUAAUUGUUUUGUGGAAAAAAUUGGAUUCAGCUUUGAGAAGAGGAGUGAUAAGAUGAAAGUUGAAUGGGCAAAGGAUUGGAGGAGAUUACAGCCUGAAUGUAAUCAUGCGGGGAUGGCACCGUUGUUGGCGAAGAUUGCAUACCAGGCGAGUCUUGUGCGAGAGUAG